AUGAAAACUAUCCCACAGUGUGCUUCGGUGGAUAUGAGACUAGUUGCGCUUCGUAAAACUUGCGUAGCAGAGACGGGAAUAGACGAAGCUUUUAUCGAGAAGGUGGACGCAGAAAAAGUUUUGGUGGACGACAAGACGCUGAAAUGUUACAUAAUGUGUAAAAUGAAACAUUGUGGAGCCGUCAUUGGUGUCGACGACUGUCAAACCGACUGGUUGACAGAAAAGUGCUUCUUAGAAAAUGGACCCGAUGUAAUA